ACGCCACGAGCAGAGCUGGAGCCGCAGACAGCAGCGGGGCUGAGGCAGCAGCAGCGCCGUCACAAAGGGAGCUCCGCGCAGAUCCAGCCCGACUCUCCGCUCGCUCGGCCUCCACAUGCUCCGCCUCGGCGGCAGGACGCGCGGCCUCGCGCCGCUGCUCUCGCUGCUCCUCGCGGCUCUAGCGGCCGCAUCGUCUGAUGUUUUUGACAACCAGCUGGGAGACAUCAGUUACUGCAAGAAGCAAUGCCAGCUCACCAUAAAAAACAAAAGCCCUGCUAAAGACUCCGUAAUGAACGCCUGUCACCGUGGCUGUCGCCUCUAUUCCAUCUGCCAGUUUGUCAAUGGAAAUGCCGGAUUCAACACCAGCAGAGAGGAAUGCCAGGGAGCCUGCCAGGAGGCCUACAUGAAGCUACUGGAGCAGGAGGCCUGCAGCACCGGCUGUGCCAGUCAACCAUCUGAACCCGAGAUCCAGAGAAUGAAGCUGAAAGCCAUGACACUACGCCCAAAGCCUCCGUCUGUGAUGGAAGCUCUAUCCAGUUGGUGCAAUGACAUCGUCAGCUCUGCCCAAAGCUUUAUCUCGUCGACCUGGACCUUCUACCUGCAAGCUGACGAUGGCAAAGUUGUGGUCUUUCAAAGCCAACCAGAGAUGGAGUAUUCCAUGCCAGAGCUGCAGGCUCCUCGAUCCAGUGUGGCUGAUAAAGCUUGGCCGCAGAUCCACCCUCAUACCCAGAGACCCCGUGGUGUGCGGGGACACAGGGAAAAGGGAGCACUCAAAGGAGCCGGCAAAGGAUCGCCAGGGGGCCAACAGACUGAGGACCCUGCAGCUGAGCAUGACUUCCUGGGCUGCAUGUCACGUCGGUCAGGCCUCCCGCGCUGGAUUUUAGCCGCUUGCCUCUUCCUUUCCAUCAUGGUUAUGUUGUGGCUCAGCUGUGCCAGCCUUGUCACAGCACCCGAGCAGCACAUCAAGACACAGCUGAGCAUCAAUGGAGAUAAAGAAUUCCUGGAGCACGUGCACCAAGUCAGCCCGUACCACCUGGGUCCAAUGAUUGCUGUCAGUGCGAAGCAGUCAGUGGAAGUUCAGGAAGCAGGGCCACUGCCGGUCAAAGUCAACCUCAGCAAAACUUGUGUUUAGGGGGGGGCUCUGCUUGCUGUGCAAUCUGUGGCAUUUCAGUGACACAAACACCUCAUGUCUCUCAGUCCACAGAGGGGUUCAGGACACAUCCUCAAAAGCAUGUAAUUCAAAUCUUCAGAAAUUUUUCUUGAUUAAUCACACAUCCCGCCUUCAAUUUACCUAUACUUUCCCGUACAUCCUUACAUUCUUUAACAAGCUUUGUCAUUGCUUAUGAAUAUGACAAAAGCUGAGCAGAGAUGAUGGAUUUUUUGUGGCUAAUUUGGACUGGCAUUGGCCUUGGAGAGUGAUUUCAUUCACCCUAUUCUCACAGCAUGAACAUGAAUUGAAGCAGCUCCAUGAGAGCGAGGUCAGAACGUCAGAGCAAAUGGCUGAAAUGAUUUCACAGGUGGCCCAUAGAUUCAAAAUGAUCUGCUCCCAGUUCUCAGGUGAGUCCUCAUCAUCAGAGAAACCUAAAGGAAGUCAGUAUUUGUUUCAACAGGUUUCUGUGUCUGCGAGCAUGUGUGAGAGUGAGUGAGUGUGUGUUAGCCUGUGUGCGUCUGUGUGUGCGUGACAUGCAAGACACUGAAUCUGCUGCUGUAUCUAUGAUUAUCCCUACACUGUAGCUGUUCGAUCCCUUUAGUUGCUGGCUGUUCCGUGUGCUUUCCAAUAGCUGACGAUGUUCUGUCCUUGGAGCAGAUGCUCAGACUCUGCAGGACAACAAUAUGUGAUGCAAAGCUUUUCAUAUUUGUUGUUGGAUAAAGUUCCGCAGUUCUAGAUAGGACGGUCUGUUUCUCUCAGUGCUUUUGAUGUCCUGUAACGCUCCGCCUGAACACAGGCUAUGUAGAAAAUAAAAACCCUGCAUGCAAGUGAACCAUAGACAGUUUAGUCUAACCACGCCCUUCAUCAGUAUGGCACGGCACUGCUGCAGUCUUGUGAUUUUUUUUCUAUUCAUAUUUACCACAGAAUUCGGUUUGUUAAAUGGUAAUAUCCUCACAAAUUGAGGGAAGUUCCUUUGAUUCAAGGCUUUUUAGAAGAUAGAAAAACUGGUUGAAGCUUAAAGUGUACCACAAGGGAUGAAAGCUGAGUAUUGUUUUAAUUCAUUUUGAUUGGCUGUUUGUUUUCAAUAAAGAAUCAUUACCACAUUGUGAAA